AUGGCACCAGGCUUAGAAGACCGUCGGAUGGCUUCCGUCCAGCCUCGACUCAAGUACAACACUGUUGGCGGUGUCAACGGGCCCCUGGUCAUCCUAGACAACGUCAAAUUCCCUAGAUACAAUGAGAUUGUGUCCCUUACGCUGCCAGAUGGAUCUGAACGAUCAGGUCAAGUGUUGGAGGCUAGAGGAAACAGAGCUGUUGUACAGGUAUUCGAGGGUACAACAGGUGUAGAUGUCAAAAAGACUAAAGUCGAAUUCUCCGGUCACAGUAUGAAGCUGGGAGUCUCGGAAGAUAUGCUGGGUCGAGUGUUUGACGGAUCUGGGCGUGCUAUUGAUAAGGGACCCAAGGUUCUUGCUGAAGAAUACCUUGACAUCAACGGCAGUCCUAUAAACCCAUACUCGCGAGUAUACCCUGAGGAAAUGAUUUCCACUGGAAUUUCUGCCAUCGAUACUAUGAACUCAAUUGCCCGUGGACAGAAAAUCCCUAUCUUCUCUGCUUCUGGUCUGCCUCACAACGAAAUUGCCGCUCAGAUUUGUCGCCAAGCUGGUUUGGUAAAGAAGCCAACCAAGGACGUACAUGAUGGUCACGAAGAGAACUUCUCCAUUGUUUUUGCCGCUAUGGGUGUUAACAUGGAAACCAGUCGAUUCUUUACCCGUGACUUUGAGGAAAACGGUAGUAUGGAGCGUGUCACGCUGUUCCUUAACCUUGCCAAUGAUCCUACAAUCGAGCGUAUCAUCACACCUCGUCUUGCGCUUACCACAGCAGAGUACUACGCUUACCAGCUAGAGAAACACGUUCUUGUUAUCUUGACUGAUCUCUCAGCCUACUGUGAUGCCCUUCGUGAGGUCUCUGCAGCUAGAGAAGAAGUGCCCGGUCGACGUGGAUAUCCCGGUUAUAUGUACACAGAUUUGUCCACGAUUUACGAACGUGCUGGACGAGUUCAAGGACGUAAUGGCUCUAUCACCCAGAUCCCCAUUCUGACUAUGCCUAACGAUGAUAUUACUCACCCCAUUCCUGAUUUGACUGGUUAUAUCACCGAGGGUCAGAUCUUCAUUGACCGUCAACUUGACAACAAGGGUAUUUACCCACCAAUUAACGUGCUUCCAUCUCUUUCCCGAUUGAUGAAAUCUGCUAUUGGUGAGGGCCGUACGCGCAAAGAUCAUGGUGACGUUUCCAACCAGCUGUACGCGAAGUACGCUAUUGGUCGUGAUGCCGCCGCUAUGAAGGCAGUCGUUGGUGAAGAAGCUCUGUCUGCUGAGGACAAGCUAUCGCUUGAAUUCCUGGAUAAAUUUGAGCGAACCUUCAUCUCCCAAUCCGCAUACGAAUCUCGAACCAUUGAGGAAUCGUUGGAUCUGGCCUGGAAUCUACUACGCAUUUACCCUAAGGAUCUCCUCAACCGUAUUCCCAAGAAGGUUAUUGAUGAAUUCUACCAACGCUCUGGCAAAGGUCGAGCUCGCCCAACUAAGGAUACGCGGGACACUGCCGCUGAACCCGCCGCCCCCGCUGAUAACAACCUCAUAGACGCAUGA